GGGCGCGGCCCGCGCUGGCGCGUUUCGGUUCCGGGCCGGCGCUGCGGGCCCUUCCCACCCCCGGCAGGGGAAGGGGGCAACAAGCUUCCAAACCUUCUCACUACAUCAGAAGGAAAAAAGAGAACAAGAAGGCAGUACCCCCAGUUCCUCUCCCCCUGCAUGUAACUCACAGCGCUCCAGGCUCCUUUUCAAACUGCCAAAAUGCAGUGUGAUGAUGUGGUGGUGCAUCCCCCCAUCCCUGGCCCUGCUGGAAGCACCUUGGAAGCUCCUGAUAAGCCUUGACGGACCCGCUGAGCGGUGAAGUGUCCCCUGACUGCACCAGCUGGGCCGGGAGGUGCUCCCUGAUCCUGCCAGGAGCUGCUGGGUGGUACAGGUGGGAACAACCAGGAACAUCCCAGCCAAGGUGGGGAACAAAGGAUGAGCCGUUAUCCUUCGGAGCCUCGGUAAACCAUUGACCUGGAUCGCCGUCCGGGCGGAACGGCACCGCUGGGGAUUGCAGCCCGAGUGGAACAGUCCCAUUGUUACUGUGCUUUGGGAAAGAGCCCAGGACUUAGGGACUUGGGAUAUGGCCAGGAUGGGAAAUUGGUGAUGACCAAACGCAGUCGUGCACCUGCAACCGGGACAGCCAUGGAGAAGAGCGGGAACAUUCAGCUGGAGAUUCCUGACUUCAGUAACUCUGUCCUGAGCCACCUGAACCAGCUGCGCAUGCAGGGCCGACUGUGCGACAUCGUGGUCAACGUGCAGGGCCAGGCAUUCCGCGCGCACAAGGUGGUGCUGGCGGCCAGCUCGCCCUACUUCCGCGACCACAUGUCCCUCAACGAGAUGAGCACCGUGUCCAUCUCUGUCAUCAAGAACCCUUCUGUCUUCGAGCAGCUCCUCUCCUUCUGCUACACAGGCAGGAUCUGCCUGCAGCUGGCCGACAUCAUCAGCUACCUAACAGCUGCCAGCUUCCUGCAGAUGCAGCACAUCAUAGACAAGUGCACGCAGAUCCUUGAGGGGAUUCACUUCAAAAUCAACGUUGCAGAGGUGGAGGCGGAGUUGAGCCAGACCAGGACGAAGCAUCAGGAGAGACCGCCUGAGUCUCACCGGGUGACACCAACCCUGAACCGUUCUCUGAGCCCGCACCACAACACCCCGAAGGGGAGCCGCCUGGGCCAGGUGAGCACAGUGCUGGACAUCCGGGAGCUCAGCCCGCCCGAGGAGUCCACCAGCCCCCAGAUCAUUGAGCAGAGCUCAGAUGUGGAAGGCAGGGAGCCCAUCCUGCGGAUUAACAGGGCGGGACAGUGGUACGUGGAGACGGGGAUGGGAGAGCGCGGGGCCCGGAGCGACGACGACGUGCGGGUGCUGGGCGGAGUGCGCAUCAAAACCGAGAACCUGGAGGAGUGGCUGGGGGCAGAGCACCAGCCCUCGGGAGAGGACGGGAGCAGCGCCGAGGAGGUCACGGCCAUGGUGAUCGACACCACGGGCCAUGGAGCACUGGGCCAGGACGCCUAUGCCCUGGGCUCCUCCGGGGCCAAAGCGGUCAGGCCAACCAGCACUGAGAUCGACAGAUUUAGCCCUUCUGGCAGCAUGGUUGCUGUGACUGAGCGGUACAGAUCAAAAAGCGAGUCUCCCGGGCGGAUGGAUGAGCCCAAGCAGCCCAGUUCCCAGGGGGAGGAAUCAACCAUGCUUGGAGUGAGUGGUUACGUGGAGUAUCUGCGGGAGCAGGAGGUUUCCGAGCGCUGGUUCCGGUACAACCCACGGCUCACGUGUAUUUACUGCGCCAAAUCCUUCAACCAGAAGGGCAGCCUGGACCGGCACAUGCGGCUCCACAUGGGCAUCACCCCCUUUGUGUGCCGCAUGUGUGGGAAGAAGUACACCCGCAAGGAUCAGCUGGAAUAUCACAUCCGCAAGCACACGGGCAACAAGCCCUUCCACUGCCACGUCUGCGGCAAAAGCUUCCCUUUCCAGGCCAUCCUCAACCAGCACUUUCGCAAGAACCACCCCGGCUGUUUGCCCCUGGAGGGGCCCCACAGCAUCUCCCCCGAGACCACAGUCACGUCCCGGGGGCAGGCAGAGGAGGAGUCCCCUCCGCAGGAGGAGGCUGUGGCUGUGGGGGAGACGGCACAGGGAUCUGUGUCCACCACUGGGCCGGAUUGAAACACGACUGCGGAGUCCGGGGAGAAAGGACCAUCUUCCCUUUCUUGGCUCUCCAGAGUCAGCACCAACCUGGCAGGCUGGUACUGUAAUUAGUGCAAUGCCACCACUGGACAGAAGGAAGCUCCCAAGAUGUUGCCAAAAUAGAAAAAUCUCUUCUCUCUCUCUCUCUCUCUCUCUCUCUCUCUCUCUCUCUCUCUCUCUCUCUCUCUCUCACCCACACACACACGGAGUGUUAAACGUUUUUCUCCCUCAUUCCUCCUCCUCUUGGAGAAAAACAGAACAACUGUGUCAAUCAACUUCUUAUUCAGGGAUCGACAGGAUUUUAAAUUUUUUUACUGUUCCGUAGUGACCUGGGACAAGCAGUCAUUUGUAUUUCUGGACAGCCCUGUGGCCCAGCAGCCAGGCCCCGCCGGCGGUGCCGGUGGCAGCCCCGCGGCCCCACAGAGCCAUAUCCGCUGGUCCCGCUCGAGGGGAGAGCAGGGGCAAGGGCCUGUUGCCUUUCUCCCUUGCCCAGGUAGAAAACAAAAAGACUGUCCUGGUGGAGCCUGCCUUGCCCGAGUGUAUUUAUCCCUGUCUUAUUUUUUGUGUGUUUCUUUACAUUUUUGUUUAAGCUGUUACUUUAGGGCUUUUGGCCUUGCCCGUUCCAGGCGCAUGGCCUCAGCACCCCUUGUUAAAGCAGGCAUGGCUCCAAGGCAGUAUUCCACAGGUCAGCGAGAUGUGAAGGAAGCACUUGGGCUACUGAGAGUGGGAUUUAGCAGUUGUGAAGUUCGUGUGAGAUGCUGAUGCCUUGGGAGAAGGGCUGGAGGGGUCUUCCAGAGGAGGUUGUCUGCUGGUGCGACCGGAGAGCUCAGAGCUCUCCGAUGUCCCGACCAGAGCGCUGCCAUGCUCCAGGGGUUGCCAAGGGUUAGGCACAGAUUUUCUGGAGUGGCUGAAUUCCGGAGUUAGAGGCUGGCUACCAAAGUCCUCCUUCACCCCUGCUCCCCCCUCGACACGCACUUAUCUUUUAUAACAGCAAUAUGUGAUACAGAAAUACUGCAAUGCUGUCGUCCCAGCCAAGCAAUCAUGGGUGGUUGCUUUUAAACCUGUUUCUACAAACUACUUUGAUAACUUUUUUAAUCAAUGAAAUGCAAAAAGAAAAGAAAACUCUACCUUAUUUCCUUGUAGAAGUUCAGGAGACUUAAAAGUGAAUGGUUCCUAGAGCAAUCACAACUCUGUCCCCUUGCAUGGACUUCAAGAUUUUUGUAUUCUGAGCAGCUCUGAUGUUUAGAGCAAGUUUAGCAAACCUGGAGAGAUGUGCCUGCGUGUGUAUUGUAGGUGUUUGCACGGGCUUACGUGGUUCAUAACCGGAACAGCAUGGGACAGGUAGAUAAGUGCAAAUAUUCUGACAUCUUUUGAAGAAGUCUUUUAAAAAAAUAUGCAAUAUUUUAAGAGUUUUCUCUGGUUCUGAUGCCAAGUUGUUCAUGACAGAGGGGGGAAAUGAACGACAGGUUGCGCGGAUUGGGUCUGGUGAAGGAGUUCUCUUGAGGAUGUAAGAUAAAGGAAGGGUGAAGUUCUGAUCCUUAAGGCGAUGGGAGGAACAAAGAGACAUUGGAAAAGAAAUACACUUCAUCUUGCUUCAGCUAGAAAGCUGGGUGAGUGGUUGGAACAGGGGCUUGGUGGGCAGGAGACUGACCACGUGACAGCAAAGCUUGACCUGCAGUCAAACUGCACAAUUUUGGGCACAUGGAAACAUCUCCAACCUUUGCUUUCCCCACUUUCAAAUUGGGACUCAGGAUCAUUUUCAUGCCCCUUUAGAGGGAAGAAUUUGGGGAAGGGUGAUGUAUUCUUGCCUCACUUUACAGAUCAUUUUUAUAGGUGAGGGGUCUCACUGUUCCUCCCAUCUCUCUCUCAAAAAGAGACGUGGCUCUAACGUGGUUUUGUGUGUGGGAAGGGCUUGGUGCCAGGAUCAUAUGUAACAGGGAAGUGCUCCUAAGAGAGGAACCUUUGCAGGUGUCCUGAGCCAGGCACCUGCAAAGCACCAUUUCAUUGACCAUUUCAAACAGGAAAGCUGAUAUUUCACCUCCGUUUUCCUUCUGUCCCUUCCUCCUCUCCUGUCAAGUGCAUCGUCACACGGGGAGUGAUUUGGCCACCCGAGGGACCAGCCCCGUCGGGUUUCCUGGUGAAGGUCAAGCAGGAUGGUACCCAAACAGUGAGGUUGCAGUGGCAGAAGAUGAGGUGAGAGGGUGGCCAAGGUAGGUUUCGUUGCAAUCGAGGUGUGGGAAGGAGUGGAGAUGUGCUGCUUUAGUCAUAGCUUUUGAAGUUACCAAAAAUGAAAAAAAAAAGAGUUAAAGACUUUGAAAUCCUAUCCUGUUCACACUAGAGAACAUCAAAAGUUACUUUUAGUUGCUUAAAAGAUUUUUAAGUGUUUUAAAAUAGAAAUUUUAAAAGAAUACUACCAAACUAUAAAAACAUAAAAUUAUUUAUAUACAUAUAUUAUAUAUAAAUAUAGUGGGAAAGUUUCCCUGCUAAGCUUGCUGUGAAGAGAAGGGUGAAGGUGCAGUAACUGCUACACAAGCAACAUUUUUCUGAGACAGAUGGCAACCGUAGUGAAGAAGGCUGACAUAAAAUGGUGACUGCCUUUAUUCCCAUGGCAUAGCUGUGAGUUUCUUGAGCAGGUUUGUGUUUUACUGUAUUGAUACUGUGAACGGAGGAGCAUCCGGACAGCCCAGGGUGCCAACGGUGUGCCCUGUUUGCUGAUUCACUACUUUAAUUGGCCUGGUGAAAACCAUGAAAUUGGUCCUCCAUAUCCUACUAGGCUGAAAAACAAAGCUUGUGAAAGGUUUUUAUUUUUUUUUCCUCCUUUAUGUUUGCUUUUGGUUUUGGUUUGGUUUGGUUUUUUGUUUGUUGUUUUUUUUUUUUAGUGCAGAGGUUGCCACUGUAUAAACGAUCAUUUCUGAUUGCAUGCAAAAGAGCCAAUUCUUGCCCAGGCCUCACUGAGGUGAAGUUUAUAGCUUGUAGCUAGAGUCAGUAUAAGGUAUGGUAGUGGGAAUCAUUUUAAUAUUAUUUCUGUACAUUUAAUGGAUGUGUAUGUAUGUGUGGGAGUCAUGGUGUCUCUAAUACGUCUUGAACAUUGCUGAAAGCAGUUCAGGCCCGUCCACACUGGACGGCGGAACCAGUUCCGAAGGAAUCAUUAUUGAACAUUUCUUUCAGUGCUUGACCUUCUCGGUGCAGAUAAGGGCAAGAUUUGAGGAAAAAGGGGUUGGAGGUCAUGUAUGGUAUGGAAAAACCUCAUGUGAAUUUCCUGGCAGUGGUGUAGCUACUCAAGAGGUGCUUUCCUAGCAGAAUGCUGCCGUGUUCCAUUGCCUCUCCACUGGCACGGCUCUUCACAGUUGCACCGAAGCUGUGGAGAAUCAGAUGCCAACUCUUCAAGUGCGAAUGCUUCUGUGAUGGGUUGAGGCACAGCUUUGCAUUCCCAUGUCUAGCUGCAGCUUUUCCUGCCAAAACUGUGAUUUCAACUGUGAUUUAAGGAGGAUGUGAAGAGAACUCUGUCAUGUUUUAAUACCUCUGUACAUAACAUUUCUGUCCGCUUCAGAGUUAGGGCUGACUAACCCGUUUGUUUGCUUGCCUCAGGCAACAGGGAGAACACACUCUGGUUUCGCAGUUUGUUUUCUCAGAGAGGAAACACGUUUCUUAGUUCUUUGCUGCCAAGGAACUCACCUCCCAAAUGUGAAGAGUUGUGGUUAUCUCCUUAAGCCUGCAGCAAGCCCUGGUGCCAAAUCACAGCCGAGUGACGUGACGGUUGCCGUGGCUGUUCCUGCUGCUGCCAGGUUCCCUGUGAAUAGCUGUGAAAAUAACCAGAAUUGCGUUAUACUGUGCUGCUGCUUUGGGAAAAAGCUAAACCUCUUCCUCUCAGAAGGAUGACCAAUGGGAAACUGGGAAAGGGAGAAAGGAGAAGGUCUUUUUGCUCUCUUGCAAUGGGAGUGGGUGGAAACAAAUUGGUUUUUUGUAUUUCCAGCAGCUAGAGAGGGAUGAAUGAGAGGCUUUAUGGAAUGUGAAUUUGUAACAGGAGACUAAGAACAUGCUUAGAGCCACUUAGUAAGAUGCAGAGCUGUCAGCCCAGUGAGAGCCAGAGCAGCCAAUGCAGAUGGGCAGUCCCUGGCUUAUCGUCCCAGCACUGCCCACCAUCAGGUCAGUCCUUGGACUUACCAACACCUUCUCCACAAUGUUCUCAAGCUGUGACCUGUAUAAUUCAGCUUUCAGAAGUUUGUGUGCCUGAAGAAGGGCAGGAGGAACAGAAAGCUGCUGUUCCCAUUUGACAGCUAUCCAGAGCUGGAAUAGCACUGGGAACAAGCUGUGGCCUGGCUGAAAGGCAUUGUGGGGCUGGCAGGGAGGGCACAGAGCCAGGAGUUCAGCCCUCUGUGGGAUCAGAGUUGAAAUAAAUGGACAGGACAGCUCUCCCUGCUUUUCCUGCUCAGUGGCUGUUUCCGUUCCACAUCUCUGCGGUGGGAACAUCACUUAACAUGCUCCUUUCAGCCAGUGAUUCCAGGCCUGGUCUUGGAGCUGGGUCCUUCCGUGCCUUUGGGUGAUUCAGCCCUAAGGAGGCCUUGGCAAGAGCAGAGUUGAAGCUUUUAUUUGCUUCUGACUUCAUCUCUCCUGCAGAACCCAAGGUAUAAAUAGGAAGACAACUGCAAAGGUUGGGGUGGAAGGUGGCUUGGGAGGUACACAGGGUCAUGUUGAGGACCAACAAAAAUAGCACUUAAAAUGAUGUAAACUUUAUCAAACUCUCGUCUUUGAUCUGUGACAUGCCUGCCAAUUUAGCUGUGCCAGCAUCCAGGUGUUUCUGCAGAUUAGUGACACCAAAUGCUGUUCUUGUUCUGCUGGAAAUAUUUUGGGGAUGGGAGUAGUCCCUGCUCAUGGCAAGGGGGUUGGACUAGAUGACCUCUAAAGGUCCCUUCCAGCCCAAACCAUUCAGUAAGUCAAGGAGCUGUAAUUCAGGAGACUUUUUGGGCUCUCAGUUUUCCCUGAAAGCUGAGCCUGUGGCCAAGACUGCAGUUGGAAGGUCUGGGAUCUGCUGAUGUAGCCAAGUCUUUACUCCUGCCAUGAGAUGAGAGCCAUGCACAGAGCUCUGACAUCUGCAGUGGCAGGGCCUAAAGUGGAGCUCAGCAUCCUUAAUUUGGUCAUUGUCAUUCAAGGGAUAUUUUAAUAUAAAAUACAUACAUACACAUAUAUGUACAUUUAUAUAUAUAUAUUUGUAACCAAAUAAAAGCUAGAUCUAUGCAAACACUACUGGCUGCUGCUUGAAACUAAAAUCUACCAGAACAUUUUGGAAUAGAGUAGGCUUGGAGGAGACUUGCUGUGAUUUGUUUGUUUUUCUUUUUUUAAUAAAGUGCAGCAGACCAAAGUUUUGCUGCGGUUAGUCUUACUAGAAAUUUAGGUUAUUCCAAACCUGGAACUCGCUCAAGUGGGUUAUAGAAUUAUCUGAAGAGUCCGACCAUCUCUAAAAUAUUUCCAUCUGCUGAAAGGCUUUGGCUUGGCAAACAUAGGGAAAGACAGAGGCUGGGACUAGGAGAUAUUAAAGGUGACGCUUGGGCUGAUAGAAGUAGCAUCAAGAAAGGACUUGGGAGCAUUUUCUUUUGAAUGUAAGAUUGAGUUGACUUCUAGGAAUCUUCCUACUUGGGAAAGCAUCCAUUGCUGAGGUGGAGGCAGAGAUCAGAGCAUCCUUGGGAUGAAUUCUGGUUUUGAUGGAGAUCUUCCUGCUGAAUCUGAUUGUUCCAGAGUUUAGUCUGCUGGGAGAAACUUCAUGUGGUUUCUUUGUGUCAGAUCCGAUCUUUGCUUUUAGGAUUAACUGCAAUAUAUCUCUAACCUUCAGUGACCUUUGGCUUUUUAUUCCUGGGGCUGUAGAAAAUUCAGGUUUCCCAUAACAUUAUCCUCAUCCCAACUGUGAACAAGUUACUACUGCUUCUUAUAAUUUAUUGUCUUUCUGUUCCUGAACGUCUGUGUGAUCCAGCUGGUCACCAGCACCACCUUCCAGUGCUUCAUUAGCUUUUAUGCACAGGGAAUUGUUGCAAUGGAUAAGUUGACCACGCUAGUUGGAAGAGUGGAAGCCUUUGGAGAAUGACUUUUGCUUCCUCUAGCUGUCAUUAGGGAGUGCACACACACAUACUGUAUAUACAUAUAUAUAUAUACACACACAUAUAUAAAGUGUUUCAGUAUAAACUCAUUUAGCGUUAUUCUUAUUUAAUUUAUAUUUUAAUCCAGUUGUAAACCAAAGUAUUACAGCUUGUGGGAAGACGUGUCUCGGAAAUAGGAGGAACCUUAGGAGGUUGGAGCUCUGAAAGGUUUUUGUUGAUGAAAACAUGGAUAUGAAUAAGACUUAAGAACCUGUGCUGCUGAAUCCUAGGGAUUUGCAGCCUUGGAAGGAUUUGAGACUUGCUGGGUAAAGUUGGAUGGUGGAGCCUUCUGAAGGUGUUUUUCAUGGUCCUUAAUGGUUUUGUAGGAAAACAAGUAUGUCCUGGCAAGACUAGAAAUAAAAAGGGAGAAGGCAGAAAAUCAGUGUGGUCUGGCACAACUGGGGGCUGGAGAGAAGAAGCCACAAAACCAGUCACUGAUGCAUUUAGUGUCUAAUUGAAAGUUUUAGAAAAUGAGCCAUUGCUAUUUACUGAUGUCUAGAGGUGGUUGGGGGUUGUUUUAGUAAGUUCUGUGGAGGUGCAUGCUCUGCUCUCACCAAUGGGAAGAAAUUAUGGGUUCAAUGAUAAAAUCAUGCUGAUUUUUCUGUGCCAAGGAGUAAUUGCCUUCCCGAGGAAUGAGCAAGCACUAAGAACAAAUUCAGCUCUAACAAUCUCCCCACAGCCUUGGCAGCAGCUCUUGCUUCCUCUAGGGAGGAGGGAGACAGUUGAAAUAAGAGGGUUCAUCUGGUGUCAGCCCUGUCUGGAGCUGGUGGCACUAGAACCCACCUGGGUUGGGUAGAAUAGGUGAAACAGCAGCAAAGCAUCACUGGGAAAAGAGGAGUGCAUGUGUCUGGCACGCCCUGGAUGUCCUGGACAGGGAAAUACCAGGUUUGGAACCUGCUCGUGGGCAGGAGCAUUCAGGAAACCCUGUGCAAAGAUCCCUAUCCUGGAGAUGAGAGCUGAACAGCACCAGUGUUCUCCAUCCUGGAGUUUGAAUGGUAACAAAGGAAGGCGAGUCCCCAGGGGGGCAGAGUCCCCAGGGGGUUCCUUCCAUCAGAAGGAACUGAAGGAUGGGAGGUGCAGACUGGGAAGGGCAGUGCCAGACAGAUUUCAAAGUGCCAUUUUCUGAGUGUUGGGUUUUCUAGCAUGUGUUGCAGACCGGAGUUUGCUUUUGUGUCAGUGCUCUCUCCUUUACCAGUGUCACUGCUCCUGUUUAAACUCCGCAGAGAAGACAGAGCCAAACCCUUCUCAGAGGCACACGGUGCAAGGAGGAGUAGCAGUAGGUGGAAGUUUAUACAAAGGAGCAUAACGUUAGGUAUUACAAGGUAUUUUUUUCACCAUGAGAACAGCCAAACAGCAUUGAAUCAGGUUGUCCAGAGAGGCUGGGAAAUCCCCAUCCUGGGACAGUGCAGCCUCCAGGUUCCUGUUUCCAUUAGACUACGCCAAGCUGUGUUUUUGUUACCUUGGGUUUUUUUUAGUAUUAUAAUGUACAAAUGGGCAGCUUUAAUGGGCUUCCUAGUUCAUAUCAGUUAAGCUUUUGAAACGUAUUCAGGUAUCUUUUAAAUACUGCUGUGUAAGUUGUUUAAUCUGACAUAUUCUGAUUUAUUAUUUUACUGCAGUUACCUAAGGCAGUACUUAAAAAAAAUCAGUGCAUUAAUUUUUUGCAGACUGUCAGCUGUGUUAAGCCUCCAGCUUAGUUUUUAUUAAUGUAUUUAACCCCCUCUCCCUCAGAUCUAUGGUGAAAUGCCUGCAUUAUUUUUAUAUUGCAGUGAGGCUUAUUUAUUGAAGCCUUCCCACUACCUUUGCAGUCAGACCCAGUACCAUUGGCUAUGAAACUGUGAAACUAAUGAGAAAUGAAAAAUGAAGCUGGAUUAGUUAGUUUUAUUGCUGGUCAUAAAAUACAGAAAGCAGCAGUAUAAAGGAUAAAAUACAAUUGGAAUUAGUUAUUCAAAUCAUAGAAUCACAGAAUGGUUUAGGUUGGAAGGGACCUUAAAGCUCAUCUCGUUCCAACCCCCCUGCCAUGGGCAGGGACACCUUCCACUAGAAUUCCAAGAGAAAUUACUGAGUCUGGGGUGGGGGAAAGAAUCACAGAACUAUGUCUGAGAAACAAAUUUUAACCUGAUGAUGUCACUUCACUGGUUCUCUGUUUGGUCAAGUGUAAAAGCUGUUUCUUGAGACGAGGAGGUUCCCCGGGGUCCGCUCGUUCACCUAUGUGUCUUGGGCAUUGGUUUGAUACAGGGGUUUGUGCUCCCUGGUAUUAUUUUCUGAGAGUUUACGUGUCUAAGGAAACUCUCUGGAUUACUGUGAAGCUUUUCCUUAAUCCUCCUUGCACGUGCAUUGGUAACUGAACACAAGUCUUGGCUGCAAGAGGUGGGAGGCAGGCGGGAGGUGCCGUUCCGCGGUGGGCACCAAGGAGGGAGGCAUGGUGCAGUUCUCCUGCUGGCAGAUGGGAUUUGGCAAGGGGAGUGAAGACCCGGCCCCACUGUGGCUGUGCCCAGCCUGGGGGGGUCUUUCAGUUGGCUGCACCCCUGCCAGGGUCAAGGUGAGGUUGGUUUGUGGGGGCUGUUUGCAGGGCAGCCUGGAUCUCCUCUGCUGCAGACGCAGGCAGUGAUGGUGUAGGUGGCCUGCAGGUACUUUUCUCACGUGUUAGAAGGACUCCUAAGCCAGGGCUGUGUUGCUGAGGAAGCAGCCCAGGUGGAGUGUGGGUGAAUUUGUCAUACCCUUUGCUUCAGACUAACUGCCUGGGCUCCCCUGAGGUGCUGGCCUGGGUCGAAAGCUGACCUCAGGCAGCUUGCAGGGCUCUGCUGUCCCAGGGUGGGGACUGUGAGGGAUAUUGUGCAGGGAGGGGGGAGUGUUGUCAUUCCAAUAACACAUUUGUUCUGUGUCCCUGUCUGUAACAUUGCUGACAGUCAGGACAGGCCAAGGGCUGAGAGAGCAAUCCUUGGGGGCACAGCGGGGACUGUUUUGAAUAAGCUCUUUUAGAAGCUGAGUUAGGAGGAGAACACAAAGCUGUGCGUUCUUGCAGGAACGUACCCCUCACCUCGUGCCCCACGCUUGCAGGGAGGGUUAGAGAAGGAUGAGGAGACUGGAUCAGAGGGUAGUUAAUGAAAAUAGAAGCAAGAUAUUCAAAGUACUGCUUUAGUCUGAAAAGGGAAGAGAACCAAUGCAGUUUUCCCAGGCAUAUUCCUAGUGUGUUAAACACUACCUGGAGCUCUCACGAGCUGUGUCCCUGUUGUCCCCCAGAGCUCCCCUCCUUUCCCUGAUGUCACCUCACUUUCCCUGUACAACACUGUGAAUAUGAUACCAGUAGCUCUUUGUAACGUUUCCAUUAAAAGUGCCCAGAGCAGGAAACGCUGUCCUGCUGUGGGAGCACAGGCUGUGACCCCCCACCACCACCAAACAGGGCACGGAUGGUUGAGCCCUUCCCUGCGGAGCAGUGGGAGAGGAUUGUAGGAGUUCAUGAGGGAAGUGGCUUUGUAUAGCAAUUUGCUAAUCAAAUUUGAUUUCCUAACAAACUAAACUGACAAUCAAUUCCUAAAAUAUAAAAGCCUCUUAGAGAGAAUAGUCAAGUGUAUCUUCACCAGAAAGAUUUAACUGGGAUAACUUAAUAAAGAGCACAGGAUUUUUUCCUUUUUUUUCUUUUUUUUUUUAAGCAAUCACUCCAGAAAUGGAAGCAGCAGAUUCACAGGACAAUAACUACCUCUCUCUCUCGGAGUGCUGAGGUUACCACACUACACACUCGAGCAGCAAAGCUUUCACUUCAAAGAGAUUUGUUUUCCUUACCUCUGUGUUUCAGAAAUGCAGGUCUGCUCUGUAAAGUGACUCUAUGAAAAUGGCAUCUGGCAGGAGCAGCGGGAGCCCCUCGGAGUCCAGAGUCCCUCUCGGCCUCCAGUUCCUUGCAGUGACCUUUGCAGGUUGGCUCUGGGGGUGUGACAGUUCUGGAGGGCUUUGUCACCUCCCCGGGUGCUGCACAGCAGUGAACUGUCCCGUGGGCUCGGCGUCCUGCACUGGGAAAUUAGUCAGUGGUGGGAAAGGUGAGAGGAGAAUCCAUCUCCCUCUUGCCUCCAAGGGAGCAG